AUGGGCUGGAUGCACCGCGACAUCAAGCCCGAGAACGUGUUCCUCGACGGGGAGGACCGCGGGAAGCUCGGCGACUUCGGCGAGUGCGCCGACGCGUCGGCCGCGCAGACCCUGGAGUGCGGGUCUCCCGCGUACUUCGCCCCCGAGAUGUGCGCCGGGGGCGGCUACGACCGCCGCGUGGACGUGUGGGCCGUCGGGAUCCUGCUGUACGAGAUGCUCACGGGGUCGUGGCCGUUCCCGCUGGCCCUCACGCUCAACGCCACCAAGGAGGCGAUCUCCAAGCUGGGCUUCCGCGACGGGGCCUGGGCGAACGUCCCAGUCGACGCCCAGGCUGUCAUCAGGUCGAUCUUGCAGAGAGAUCCUGGGCAGCGCCUAAGCCUGCUGGGCGUGCUGGGGCACGCGUGGCUCACGGGGCACGUCGGGUCCGGCGAGCACGAGGCGGCGGUGGCGCUGGGUCGCGAGCUGCAGGAGCGGGCGAGCGCCGUCGCUGCGCUGAGGCUGGAGCUCGAGGACCUCGAGGUCUCCACCGACGUCGCCGAGGCGAGGGAGGUGCUGAGGAGGGCCGUCUCGCGCGGCAUGGAGGGGGAGCCCCUCUUCUGCAGGCUGGCGGAGCGGUACGAGGUGCUCAAGAAGCAGGCGCGGCGGUGCGAGGACCUGCUGAGGUGCACCCGCCAGAGCAGUAAGACCGACGUCCGGAAGCUGCUGGCGGCGCUGGCAGCGGAGGGCCUCGACCUGCCUGGCGGCUGGCUCGUGGCGGGGGGCCCGCGGCUGUUCGCCGCGGCCGAGGGGUGGGCGCUGGAGCUCAGCGACCACGCCGCGGCGUGCAGGGGGCGUGCCAGCGGCCACUCCACCAAGAAGGUGGCCGCGACUGCCGCGCCGGGAGCGGUGGGCGAGUGGGGCGAUGGGCCAGCCGGCUUUGUCUACGGGCGCAUCGAGGGCCUUCCCUGCCAACGGGCCCUCGACGUGCUGCUGUGCUGGGCGUCGGAGGCGCGGCUGCGGCCCAUCGCGCUGGAUAUGCUCGGCGCGGUCUUCGCUGGGGCGCCCUCUGACAAAGCGCGCGUGGUCGACGUCGUCUCGGCCGCGGGCGCCCGGCGGGAGCUCGUCGACCUGCUCGACAUCAUUGAGCAGCAGGGGAUGUGGCCGGGGCAGCCGCUGUAG